AUGCAUCAAGCAGUUUUUGAAAUUUUUCCGGAAACAGAGGUGUUUGGAUGUCCUUUUCAUUUGGGCCAAGCUUGGUACCGCAAAAUUCAAAAUUUAGGUUACGCACCACAAUUUAAUUCUGCAAAUAAUGACGAUGUAGGAAAAUGGUUAGUACAUAUUUUUGAACUUCCUUUUCUCAAUCCAGAGGAAGUGGCAGAAUGUUUUACAGAAUAUUUUAUUGCAGACAAACCUGAAAAUGCAGCUAUAACCGAAUUUUGUGAUUAUUUGGUAGACAGUUAUAUAUCAAAUGAAUCAAUCUUUCCUCCGAAAAUUUUGUCGACAAGUAUGGCUCCACCGACCCACUGGUACUUAAAUGACAACGUAAUAAAUGAUUAUUUUAAUUUGAUCAAAAAACAAAAUCCGAACGUUUAUUCCUUUGAUACCUAUUUUUAUGAGCGGCUUAAGAAAUCUGGAUACAAUUUUAUAGAACGUUGGACAAAACGUGUUAAUAUUUUUUCAAAUAGAAAAGUUUUUUUUCCUAUCAACAUUAAAGCGAACAAUUUUGCACACUGGGUACUCGUCAUGGCGGACAUGGAAGACCAGCAAGUUGUAUACUUUGACAGUCUAAGCAAUCAUCACAAUUUUGAAAUUCAUAGUGAUAUAUUAGAAUACUUAGGCCUCGAGCACAGACGAAAGUUGGGUACACCUCUACCUUUUGAAGACUGGAAAUUAGUAAAAGCUGAAAACCCCAUUCAGUCUAACGGGAAGGACUGCGGAGUGUUUGUGUGCACAUUCGCGGAGUAUUUGUCAAGAGAUGCCGAAUUUAAUUUCAGUCGAAAGCAUAUGCUCUCAUUUAGGAAAUUAAUCGCUUAUGAACUGUCUACCCAGCAACUCAUUAACAUACAUGUGGAGGAAGAUCAUAUUGAUGAGGAAAUAGAUCGGGGUUGGAAAAUCAUUUGGACCAAAAAAUGA